CAAAAAACGUCGCACGAAGACAGGAGGAGCGAAACCGGGCAUUUUGAUUGUUUGGAUCAUCUUGCCCAUAUCCACGUUCAGCACCACGAUGGCGGACAGCGACAGCGACGACGAGUUGAUGCGCGCCCUGCAAGGCCACAGCCAGCCACGAGAGUGUGCGUACUGCAAGACGGAUGGUGCGACGUUCCCAUGCACCAAGUGCAAUUCCGUCGUGUACUGCGACGACGGGUGCUUGCGUCGUCACUUCAAAGCUCACCGCGACCAUUGCAUCAAGGUUUACUUGAAAGAGGAAAGCGAAAGCGAGAGCGAUGAAGAAGAAGAAGAGGAGGAGGAGGAAGAAGACGAGGAGAAGACGAAUGACUUGUUGAACCGCCGCAAGAGCGGCCGUGGUUCCGUCUUGAUGCGCGGGUCGUCCCAAGCCUUUCACAAUAGCGGCAUGUUGAUUCCUGGCCUUACGGAGGAGCAGAUUGCACAGCUGGUCAAGUUAAGCUCGAAAUCCACCGACGUUCUCAAGUCGUCCAAGGAGAUUUCGAGCUUGAAAGCACAAUUGGAAGAAAUGAUGAAGUCACAGGUGAACAUGCAGGAGCUGGCUGGACGGAUGUCGACUAUGCAGCUGGCGCAGCCAGUGUCGUCCCAAGUGCUGCAGAAAUCGUCGUCACUCAAGCAAAAGGAGCUCGAGAAACUCAUGCAAAAGUUGGAGGCGCUAGAAAAGCGGGCCAACUUCGCUAGCGCUGCUGUGCCUCCCGCCUCGUCGUCCAUGAUGCCGAUGAGCAUGCCAUCAAUGAUGAUGGCACCACCACCACCACUACCACCACAAGUCGUCGUGUACACGCCGCUUCUUGUCAAAGACGACGACAAGUUCAAAAAGUACUUCAAGCUCCUCAAGAUGGCCAUGCCGGUGGACCAAAUUAAGGCAAAAAUGGAGGUGGAAGGAGUAUCGCCAGCCUUGCUCGACACCCCCAAUGCCGUGUCUCCCAACGACCCAGGGGCCCCUCCUGGCGCGUACAUUCCUCUGACGGUGGGGGAGGAUCCUAAAUUCAAAAAGUACUUCAAGCUCCAAGCUAUGCACAUGCCCAUUGAUCAAAUCAAGAUGAAAAUGGAAGCUGAGGGUCUCGACCCCGACCUUUUGGAUCACCCCGAGAAAAUCUCGCCAAAUGACCCCGGGCCGCCAGCACAACCGAUUGCCCCUGCCGGUGCAUAUGCAUUUUCCGGGGUGGUACCAGUCGCGGCGGCUACACCACCACCAUACACCCCGCUUCUUGUCAAAGACGACACUGCAUUCAAGAAAUAUUUUAAAUUGCUUUCGAUGGGGAUGCCAAAGGAGCAAGUGGCGCUCAAAAUGAAAGCCGAAGGCUUGAACGCUGAUGUACUAGAAACCCCCGACGGCGUGUCGCCAAACGAUCCUGGUCCACCACCUCCCCAACCAGCUACGCCGCCCUUGAUUGGCGGCGGCAGCGUCGGUGGAGUUUCCAUGGAACAACUUUUUGCCAUGGUGAUGCACCACCAACAAAUGAUUGAAUCAGGUGCUGCGGGAGGCGGCGGAGGUGGCGGGAUGCGAUCACCUUCACACCCAGAUGAAGGGAGCUCUCCAGUCCCUGUCCGGUCUGUCAAAGAUCAAAUGGCGGCUGAGUUGGCUGCCGCAUCGGACGCCGUGCACGACAUUUUCGGCGAAGACACGGUGAAAGCUUCAGGCGGAGGGAUGACUAUGGUGGAACAGUUGGAGAAGAAGGCACGCAAGGAAUCCAACAAGAAACUCGUUGAUAACAUCGACGCAAUCAACGCAACGAUCCACGAUCUCUUGACAAUGCAGUUCAAGUCGGAAGCUCAUGCGGUGCAGUACGCCGGUGAAGUGUCGAAAAAGUUAGAAGCGUUUGGGCUGACUUUGGGGGUGGAUGCAAACCAAACGUGGUCGGCAAGGCUUCUCAUCAAGAACAAGGAUACGAGGGAUUGGUACUUUAGCGAACAGCAGCGCCUGGACGCCGGCAACGCGUAUCUGCGGCUUUGGUCGCUGUCAACGUUGGCCAACGACGCGUCCCAGAUGAUUCAAAAAUACGACCAAAUUGUAAACGCGCCAGUUGUGCUGGCGGCGCAGACGAAGAACAAGGUGGAAGUGAUUGACAAGUUCACCAACUUGCUCAAGGACGCGGUGAAACUCAAGCACAAGAUCUUCAAGAACAAAACGUACCAAGACGAGCUCACACGCAUGUCGACGUUAAAGAUUCCACAAGAAUACGACAAGCACGGCGACCAACUGAUUGACGCGGCCGCAAUCUUGGCGACGGCAGCGCUCGACUUUGCCGACGAGGAAUUACGCGUGCUGGAAAAGACUGUACGGGCCAAGAAAAUUCGAGCGUCAACCACAGUCCAUGUCGGUGAAAAGGCGGUGCAAUUGGUCGGGAUUGUCAACAAGUUGGGUGCGCGCGGUAUGGACGCCGUCAAUACGCGAGUUGGACCGUUGGAGGCCCAGCUGAAAGCGAUAAAGGAUGAAUUUUUUGCCGACAAGGAUGAAGAAGAGGAAGAUGAUGUAUUGUAAUGCAGCCAUGAGCCAACGAUAUGGGACUAUAGUCCAUUCGUACCGACACAUCACGUGGCACCAGUGAUCACAUUCGUACAAUUCUUGUAUUUCGCCUCGGGUCCAAACAAGGUCUUUUACCAGUGUGCUCACUCGACGAUGUCAACCCCGUGAGUCGAAAUCCACUCUCUACUCGGGCGGAGGUACGAGCAGUGUACGUCUUUGCAAGGGUCAUGGUCUACCCACUUCACUCCC